GCGGCGGCCUCGAAGCGCCGCGUGCACCUCGGUAUCGUGUACGACGAGGAGGCGCGGAAGGCGCGCCCCUGCGGUCGUGCUUGCGCGGCGCCCUGCGUCUGUGCCGGCGCGUGGCUGCUAUGGGCCGAUCAGCUACGCUCGGGGGACCCAGAUUUCAAGCUGGGGAAGACGAUCCUGCGGGUCGACCCGCGCGCCCCACAGCUGGCGAGGGAUGCUUGCGACAAAGAAGACGGCGCCACCCACGCGACGGCACCGGCGGCCCGCGCUCCCGAGAAGGCGCGCGGGGCGGGCGGCGCCAGCCAGCCGUGGCGCGCCGCGCAGAGCAGGAGCAGCGGCUCCUGGGGCAGCGAUUGGCCGAAGGGCCAGAAGCGCGAGCGCUCGUGGGGCAGCGAUUGGAAGAAAAAGGACACGAG